AAUGUACCUUGAAUGUGCUGCAGACCUGCUGCAAGCUUUCAAGGGCAAUAGACCACACCCACUGCGCAUGCGCUGUGUCCGCUGUACCCGGAUGUAACAUCCAUACACGUGUAGCACUUGACAACCUUGGAAAGACAACAAAACAACUAACUACCUGGCAGCUUAUGUCUCCAAACAACCCGGUCCAGCGAUGCCAGUGACAAGACUACUAUACCCUCUCUACCAGCUGGGGAACCCUCAGCUGAGGAUCUUCAGACCCAACUGGUUCAUGACUCUGGUGAGGCCGGGAAGAGAGCAGCCGCCUGACACCGUCCAGUUUCGCAUCCCCAUGGAAAUGACCAAGUGUGACGUAAAGAACUACCUGGAGAAGGUCUAUAACGUCCCUGUAGGAGCAGUGCGCACCAGGAUACAGUUCGGCUCCAACAAGAAGAGGAAUCAUCUAAACCAGAAGGUCAAGCAGCCUGACUUUAAAGUAGCCUACGUUCAGCUGGCCCAGGGCCAGACGUUCAACUUCCCGGACAUCUUCCCAGAAAAAGAGCGGGAACCGUCGGAGGGCUCCGUGGAAGAGAUGCAGGAGAAGUUCAUGGAGGACGAGAAGCAGAGACAGAAACUGGACCCCAGGAGAGGAGGGGUCACCGAGUGGUUCGGACUCUGAGACAGCCCACUGACCGGGAACUCUGCACUCAUAUGGAGCGGCGAGGGUGUUUCGUUGGGAGCAACGUGUAUUGAUUUACAGCGCGACCGUUGUGAUGUCACAUCUAUUUCUGUAAGAAAUACUCACAAGUGUGUAGUAAAGAAGAAUGAGCAUGUGUGUGGGUGACUGGAGACAUGUGUUUGGUGUGUGUGUGUGAGUUAGCGAGGCUUCGGUCCAGUAACCCCGAGCCAGAACAGAAUCACAGGAGGAGGAGAGUGGCCUGGCUCCAUCUUUCAUGAAACCAGCCCACCGUACAGAAUCUCCAUCACCUCAGAUGACCUCCUCUCCUUUCUCCUCCCACCCGUCCUGUUCCACCUCCUUCUCCUUUCACCCCUCCUCUUUGGCACCAGUACCUCUGCACCUCCUCUGUCUUUGUCUCCUCUUUCCCCACGAGUCUCCUUUUCCUUCUUGUGCGUUUCCUCUGCUGUCCUUCCUUCUCCUUGUCCCUUUCCUCGGCGCUCCUCUUCCUCCGCCACGCUGGGGAGCGGCAUAUCGUGGCAUCCCUAGUAGCCCUGACUCUCAGCCAGUUGGAUCCGACUACCUGGACAACCCACAUCCUUUCCUCUUUUAUGAGUUUGCCUUGGAUUAAUUGACCACUUUAGGUAAACAACAAUUGAGAUGUUGUUUCAGCAAAGCAACGACGUGGAAUUUGCUGGAGUGUUUUAUUAUUUUGUGGUAGCACCUCUUGCCAUAACUCUUGAGAGAAGAUUGUACCCAGUGUUUGUGUGUGUUUGCAGGACUUUGCCAGUGAAUCUGUCUAAUUGUAAGUGCUGCUGGAACAAGAACUAAUAAACGGUCACUUGUCCAAAAAGUG